CGCACAUCCUCUCCAAAGAGCGAAACGACAAGAGAUGAGUAGCAGUGCUCAAUAAUGUCAGUGUUUGACAAAAUAAUUUUGAAACAGCAGAUAUGUAUAACUGUAUAACUCAGAGAGAGAGAGAGAGAGAGAGAGAGAGAGAGAGAGAGAGAGAGAGAGAGAGAGAGAGAGAGAGAGACAGAGACGUGUUCCUCAAUAUUUUGUUAAACAAUCCUGAUUGCGUUGUGGAAGACGUGAAGCGAUAGAUGAUUAUUAUUUUAUGUAUCUCUACUAGAUUGCGACGAUGAAUAGAUAUCCGAUAUCGGAUGAGAGAUGCGACUACAACGAUGACGAUUGGCAGCCGCCACCCAUGUGCUGUCCGGACAUUAUCGAGGAUGGUGAACCGCCGGCCUGCCUGCCGAACAUCGUCGAAGAUAGCGAAACGUUGUCGGACGACUCUGUAUAUAGUGACGCCAGGCUCUAUGAGGCCGAGGAGAAGACAGAGAAUGGCGAGAUUAAGACUCACUUCUUGCUUAAGAUGCCCUCCUCAAUUCCUGCCGAGCAUACUCUGAAAUCAAAGAUCCCCAGUGAAGACAACUGCUUCAACAUCCUGAUGGCUGACAUAUCCGGAUCGAUGAAAUUUCAUUGGCCAUUUAUCGUGUCAGCUUGGAAUAAACACGUCGCUCAAAAUCUGUCAGGAACCACAGAGAUCUUCGUUUUCAAUAAGGAGGUCGAGCAGGUGGGAUAUUACAAGACUAAGGCCAACCGGCGAUCCGUCCCUUUGUUGUGGAAGGAAAACUUCAGAGGCGGAGCGACUAAUCUGACAUCUGCCCUACGGACCAUCGUCGAGAAGGUGCAUACCUGUAGGCAAAGGUACAUCAAGGUGUUCCUUAUCACGGACGGUGACCACAACUGCGGUGAGGUGCCGCAACCGGAUACCGUCAUAGAAAAGAUGCAAGAACCAAUGGGAAAGAUCUGCGACGUUUAUCUACUGGGAAUCGGAAACGAUUUCCCCGUAGAAUACAGCCUCGAAAUAAGGUCACGACUUCAAAACGGCAAUUCGAAUCUGCCCACACUCUUCUGGGUUGAGGGUUAUUCUGAUGUUGAUGAAAAGAUGAGGGCCAUCGGCGAUCACCUUGCUAAAAGGAAUGACUCGAACAUGGAGCUAUCUGUUACAGGAUAUAAAAUGCCGAGGUCGCCACCCACGAAAGAAUUCCACCUUUCAGAGUGGGUCUACUUUCCCGAGGAUCCCGAAGAAGACGAGAGACUCAAGAUCUACCAUCAGGGUCACUGCGCCGGCCAGCUGAUUUUAGAACGAUCCGCGGUCACGACUCCGAUCCUGAUGGAGAUAUUUCGCCAGUGGAACAGCGUAGCGAUUCAGUAUCACAAACUGAAGAAGCGGAUUCCUUCUGACCUGCUUCCGUUCAUGGAGCGUCUCUUCAGCACCGCUCUGCGGCAGACUGGAUCGAAGGGACACUCUGUGGCAGCAAGGCUCGCACGAGCCGGUAACAAGACGACCGAGGUGGAAUUUAGAACUACCGUGAACAAGAUGAAGAAAAUUCUGACCCUUGAUAAAUACGAAGACGCCUUAGAUCUCGCAAGAGAUGUACUCAGCACCACUGUGUCUGCAGGCAAGUACCAAGUCAGGUCCCUGCAGCUGAAGGGUCACUCUGGUGGCGAUUACGUGAAUGACUGUCAAGAGUUCCUGAAAGUAUAUUUGGCGAAAAAAGCAGAACUGAAGGCCCUGAUCGUAACUCCGGAAGACUGCUGCCGCAUCACUAUGGCCUCAACCUUAUCGGAUCUCCAAGACGACGCCUUCCCUCAACUGUUAGAACUGAACAAGUACGAGUUCCUCAAACAAUUUACCAUGAGCGGCAUUCCGGUGUUUGCACCGACCAGAGACAUGCUGGCCCUGAACCCCUGGUCCUACAACAUCACGAAGAUCCUCACGUCUCCUUAUACCGUCAUGAGUCAAGUGGCCAUCGAGUCUUCUGCAGAAAACCGGGCACCCGGCGACCGCCACAAGGACGUGAAGCUAAAGGACGAUGACGACAACACUCGUUUCAAUGCCGUCGUUCCGGUGUUCACCCCGGAGUCUGCAAAGGUGAUGAAACCUCUCGUCCAAACGCGUCUCUAUGCAAUGUGUGCUACCUUCGCCGUCCUCAAGAAUCCUCACAUCAUAGACUUCGAUGUGCACAUGGCAGCUUUGGCUUCCUGCUGGAUGAGGAUCUUGUACGAUCACCCAGAAGUUCCGCGACCGGAACAUGUUCGUCUGCGAGAGGCGAACAUCAUCGCUACAGCUUCACUGUACACCGAGAGGAGGGGUUAUGCUCGGUACUGCAAACUCCUGAGGGAAAACGCACCUCAGGCGCUGAUGACAGAAAGUACCGCGACCGUAGAAGGUCGUCCGGUGCGGUGUGAAUCUCUCAUCAAACCCAUAUUUAUGCUACGCCUGAUGAAGCAGCAAGAGGAGGACGACAUAGAUCCGAUAAAAGUUGCAGAGAUCGUGAGGUUGACCCUUCUCGAAUUUGUAGGGCGCAACACGAGUCGCACCGAGAGUUCCAAAAAUGAAGACACGCCCUACACGGAUCUCUUUACAAAAACGCUAAAAGACGAGGACGAGAAAAGAGAAAUUCUGCAAAGGCGCGUGCGGACGGCGAGCGAAGAGAUCAUAGCUUCAGGGGCCUUUCGACUUUCAGAGUUCUAUACGCUCGAACAGGUCCAGAAAGCAGCCAAGAAGGAGGCCACAAAGCAGGCGAAAAUACUCGUAAAAGACCUCGUGCCGCCGAUACAGCUAGAGACGGACCAGGUGACGCGAUUGUACAGCGCAUCUCUUGCGGGGGCCGUAUCGUGGCAUACUCUCAAGACUUAUGCCAGGGACAUGGGCUUGUCCAGAGACGUCAUCGGCGAGCUAUUUUCUGAGAAGAGCAUGUUUAUCUAUCUUCGACAUGCGCUGCAGUACAGGUCCUCGCGUGAGCGACUCGCCGCCAAAGUCGACACCUACGAAGAGUCCCUCAGCUUCGUGACGAGGCAAGUCGCAAAGGAGUACAUCGCCUGUCAUACAGAAGAAGUCGAACGGGAAUUGGUCGGCCUUCUCCAAAACUCUUGGUUGUCGGAAUACGACGAAGCCCACUCCGAAAUGGUACAGCCGAUGACCAGAGAACAAAUUCUAGCAGCGGCUUCCGCCCGCGAGGUCGAGGUGACAGCCACGACCUUCGAUGAGGUAUAUCGGAAAUAUCGCUCGCAUCUAGGACUCCUCACCAAUGCCUGUCAGUGCCUUCGCUGCCCCUUCUUCCUCCAGCCAAGCAAGAGGCACAAUCAGCACCUUACAGUGAAUAGGCGGGGACCCACCCCGUUCCUUCACGCCUUCCAUCAGAUCGCUUACAACUGUCGUGGAGAGUCAGACAUUGAAAACACCAUCGUCGAGCUCCGUAACGGAACCUAUCGCAAACGAGAGGGUCGAGGCGAAUCGGUGCAGGUGCCACUAUCAGACCAUAUCCUCCAGAGUAUGAAACGGUUAAAAAUUACCUACUCGGAACUCGACUUCAAACGAAAGGGAAAAACCGGGAGAACAGUAGCAGAAGUGGAGACGGACGACAAAAAUACUGGAAAUGGACACAGAGAUCAAGAAUACAGGAAACGGUCUUUUGUGAAAUUCAAGUUAAAACGACUCGCUGCAUUUCAUAUCGAUCAGACCAUUCUACGGUAG